AGCCCCCCUUUCCCCCCCCCACCCCCACCGGUCUCCCAAGGAUGGAUCAUUCCCAGUGCCUUGUGACUAUAUACGCCUUGGUGGUUCUGCUGGGUCUCCGGCUAGAGCAGGGCGCCUGCCAGCACUAUCUGCACAUCCGACCGGCUCCCAGCGACAACUUGCCCUUGGUGGAUCUAAUCGAACACCCGGACCCUAUCUUUGACCCCAAGGAGAAGGAUCUUAACGAGACCUUGCUAAGGAACCUCAUGGGCGGACACUUCGACCCCAACUUUAUGGCUGUUUCCUUGCCCGAGGACCGGCUCGGAGUGGACGAUCUAGCUGAGCUGGACUUGCUGCUCAGGCAGAGACCCUCGGGAGCGAUGCCCAGCGAAAUCAAAGGGCUGGAGUUCUACGACGGGCUGCAGCCGGGCAAGAAGCACAGGCUGAGCAAGAAGCUGCGCAGGAAGCUGCAGAUGUGGCUUUGGUCCCAGACCUUCUGCCCGGUCCUAUACACGUGGAACGAUCUCGGCAGCCGCUUUUGGCCCCGGUAUGUCAAAGUGGGCAGCUGCUACAGUAAAAGGUCUUGUUCAGUCCCCGAAGGCAUGGUUUGCAAACCUGCCAAGUCCGUGCAUUUAACGAUCCUGAGGUGGCGGUGCCAGCGCCGGGGCGGGCAGAGAUGCACAUGGAUACCCAUCCAGUACCCCAUCAUUUCGGAGUGUAAGUGCUCCUGCUAGGGCUGGCACUUCCCUCCGCGCCCCUUCUCCAGCGGACUCACGUGGACCUUUGCUGCAACAGAAAUAAAAGACUUUUGCUUUCUGGUUAACGUUGUAAUGCACUGUAACGUGUAGGAGAAUGUAUAUUGUGUGUAUAUAUGGCACCGGUUUAAUAUACUAUUAAAAGGUCAGUAUUAUACGUGAAAUAAUCAGCGUCUACUGUAUUUUCAAGACUAUUACCCUGAUCGUUGCUAAUGUAUCUU